GGCAGAUCUUCGGGUUACACCCGUCGCUAGUGCCGGAAAAGUUGCUGGGUCCGAGCUCCUCCCCAACUUUUUCGCAUCUCAAUAUCAUCGAGUCGAUCUCCCGCACAGCAAAAGUAUCGCUCCACCGGAAUGGCACCAGAAGACGUGAAGGGCAAGAAGCGCAAAGGCGCUGUCGAAGCCGCCCCGAAGCCCAAAAAGCAGAAGAAGUCAGACGACAUCAACGCUGGGGCCGUCGAGGCUCCAGUCAAGACCAAGGCUUCUCGCAAGAAGGCCGAAGAUUUCUUCGACGAGGACAAGCCUGUACAGGACAAGGGUGUGAAGGAAAAGAAGGGCAAGAGGAAGAGUGAAGCUACUACUGAGGUCAAUGGAGGAUUGGAGUCGGUCGCGAAGAAGCCCAAGAAAGCAAGUAGAACUAAGGAAUCUGCCGACGUGGAAGACAAGGAUGCAGUCGCAGAGGAGCAGUCCGCCGUGAAGGCAAGUAAAGUCUCGAAAAAGGGGAAGAAGGCCAAAGCACAGGAGAAACCCAAAGAGCCGACACCAGAGGCCGCACCGGAAGAACAACAUGGCGAGUCUGACGAGGAAGAGGAUGACCAAACCGCUGCUCUUCUUGCUGGCUUCGAGAGCGACCGUGACGAAAGUGACGCUGAGAAGGAGGACGAGGGCCUGGAUGCUGAAUCUCUCAAGGAGAAGGUACCCAAAGGUCUUAUGAAGAAGCUGAAGGAUGUGAAUGAGGAAGACAGUAAACCUGGGGUCAUAUUCGUUGGACGCAUUCCGCAUGGUUUCUUCGAAUCUCAGAUGAAGGCCUACUUCUCCCAGUUCGGCACUGUCACUCGACUCCGCCUUUCCCGUAACAAGAAGACUGGCGCUCCCAAGCAUUAUGCGUUCGUAGAAUUUGCCUCCUCCGAAGUCGCUGAGAUCGUCGCGAAGACCAUGGACAAGUACCUGAUGUUCAACCAUAUCCUCCAGUGCAAGUUCAUCCCACCUGAGCAGGUCCACCCCAACCUCUUCGAGGGCGCCAACAGGCGAUACAAGAAGAUUCCCCGGAAUAAGAUGGCAGGCCUGCAAAUGGUCCGCGGAGCAGAGCGAGCUGUUUGGGAGAAGAGAAUCGACAAUGAGAACAAGCGCAGAACGAAGAAGAACAAGGAUCUAAAGGAGAAGCUUGGCUAUGAGUAUGAGCUGCCUGCCUUGAAGCCUGUCGAUGCUGUUCCAAAGAAAUCAGAUGCUCUUGAGGACGGUUCGGGCCAAAAGUUGAUCGAGGCUCCCGCAAAGACCGACGCUGAUGGGGAAAAGAGCGCCGUCUCUGAGAAGGCGGCCCCCAAGAGCAAGGAUGCCAAGACAGAGGAACCACAGACCUCGGCAGUCGGGCCCAAGAAGACUAAAAAGUCAAAGAAACAGGGCGAGGAGCCGGAGCCUGUCAAGCAAGGCGUGAAGGAAAAGAAGCGGAAGUCUCUUACUACAUCCGAGGUAGACGGAGGCAAGCCUAAGAAGGCGAAGAAGAGCAAGGCUUAAGUCGUCUCGUCUAUGGUCUCUUAAAGCGUUGGCUGUAGCCCAAGUGAGGAGGCUUGCGUUUCUCUGGCCGACGGGACUUUCUGCGGCUACUCUGGCGAAAACGAUGGCAUUAUCUGUUUCCCUGAUGACUCUGGGCUAUGUAUACCCAAACUCUCAAUAGGAAUAGAGAAGGUAUGCGAUACUUUUAGUUCCAUUCAUGCUUAAUGCUACUCCAUAUGCUUUAGCACGAUGAGG